AGCGUAAUUGUGCGACGGUCCCUACAUGCAGGACUCAGUAACUCGGGUGUUUGUUCGUCCUACUUUUAGACUACUGGCGCUUCUAGCUGCCAUAAUGAGAAACUAAGUUUAAUUUUUCAUAGACUGUAUUUAGUUUCUUUUUAAUUAUUAAACCCGGAAGUAACGUUGCGGAUAACGCAGCGUGGUGUGAACAUGGGGUAGAGCAACUUGUCAUGUCAGUUUUGACAGGUUUUGUGAAACUGGAUGAGUCUAAUAACAGGAAUGUAAUCGGUCGACCACUUUGGAAAGCUAAAGAUACCUUAUGCACUUUAAUAGAAACAUUACAGGCUGCAACUGUUGCUGAAGUCGUGCUGCAACUACCAAAGUAAAGCUCAUCAAUGGCUGCAUUUCGUCUGUCCCUAAAGCAAAGAUAUCUUCUCCUGCUGUGUUUUGCUGCAGGACUGAUAGUUGCUUAUCAGUUUUCAAGGAAUCGCCAUGAAGUGAGAAUGAUAAGCCGUGGGGACGGACUGAGGGCCAACUCGUCUCAGUUCACUCUGGAGGGAGAGCCCUUACGCAUCCUGGGGGGCUCCAUCCAUUACUUCCGUGUCCCCAGAGCCUACUGGGAGGACCGGCUGCUGAAGAUGAAGGCCUGUGGCCUCAAUACUCUCACCACGUAUGUGCCGUGGAACCUGCAUGAGCCUCAGCGAGGGGUGUUCAACUUUCAGGAUCAGCUGGAUUUAGAAGCCUACCUCCGCCUUGCAGCCAGCUUGGGCCUCUGGGUGAUUCUGCGUCCAGGGCCGUACAUCUGUGCUGAGUGGGAUUUAGGGGGACUACCCAGUUGGCUACUACGGGAUCAAAACAUGAAACUGAGAACAACGUACCCGGGAUUCACGGACGCAGUCAACUCCUUCUUUAAUCAACUCAUUAAGAGAGUUGUUCCACAUCAGUACUCCGAGGGUGGCCCAAUUAUCGCAGUUCAAGUGGAGAAUGAAUAUGGCUCAUAUGCUAAAGAUGAAAAGUACAUGCCUUUCAUCAAGGAGGCGUUAUUGUCAAGGGGCAUCACAGAGCUGCUGCUGACCUCAGACAACAAGGGAGGACUAAAGCGUGGAGGAGUGAAAGGAGCACUAGAAACCAUCAAUUUCCAGAAACUGAACAGGAAUGACAUCAAGUAUCUGGAAGGAAUACAACCUCAGAUGCCUAUGAUGGUGAUGGAGUACUGGUCUGGCUGGUUUGAUCUUUGGGGAGAUCUUCAUCAUGUGUACACAGCUGAAGACAUGAUACCUGUGGUCACAGAGAUCCUGAAGCUGGACAUGUCCAUCAACCUCUACAUGUUCCACGGAGGAACAAAUUUUGGCUUCAUGAGCGGAGCGUUUGAGGUUGGAUUGCCAGCACCGAAACCUAUGGUGACAAGCUAUGAUUACGAUGCUCCAUUAUCCGAGGCUGGGGAUUACACCACCAAGUACCAUCUUCUGAGGAAUUUAUUCAGCCGCUACCACGCCCAGCCUCUCCCUGAACUGCCCUCUCAUCAGGAGAGGAGAGCGUACCAUCCUGUUGUCAUCCAGCAGCACCUGUCUCUGUGGGACAGUCUGCAUCUCACCGACAAGCCUUUGAAGUCAGAGAUGCCGGUGAACAUGGAGAAUCUCCCUGUCAACAACAACAACGGUCAGUCUUACGGCUACACGCUGUAUGAGACCACCAUCACCAGCAAAGGAGCCCUCAACUCAAAGAACAACAUCAGAGACAGAGCACUGGUUUUUGUGGACAAGCACUUGGUUGGUGUUCUGGAUUAUAAGACGCAAGAACUUCCACUCCCUGAUGGGAAGGGAAAAAGAACUCUGAGUUUACUGGUGGAGAACUGCGGAAGAGUGAAUUAUGGGGAAACUCUGGAUGAGCAGCGCAAAGGUCUUGUUGGAGAUAUCGAGAUAAACAAGCGCCCCCUCCGUGACUUCAUUAUUCGUAGUUUGGAUAUGAAGCCAGGCUUUGUAAACAGACUUGAAAGUUCAAGCCACUGGAUGUCGAUGCGUCAGCGGCCCUCCUUCCCAGGGUUUUUCCAGACCAGACUCUACGUGAACAGUUUCCCUAAAGACACCUUCAUCAAACUCCCUGGAUGGAGCAAAGGUGUGGUGUUUAUCAACGGCAGGAAUCUGGGUCGCUACCGGUCCGUCGGUCCUCAGCAAACUCUCUACGUCCCAGGUCCCUGGCUUCACAGGGGGGACAACCAGGUCAUAGUGUUUGAGGAGCAGGAAACAGAUGGUAAGAUUCAAUUCGCCAGCAGCCCUGACUAUGGCAUGACCGUUGAUGUCCAGUGAGGACGGGAGGUGAGAAGGGAGCGUGGAUGAGGAGAGGAGGAUGAUGGGAGAGUAGCUGGGAAAGGGCACAACAGAGGCGAUUGCCGCGAGCUUCGUGUACUCGGGCACUAACGCCGUGCCGUGACCAGCAGCACUCAAAAGUGACACACGUUAGUGAACAUGGCAUCUGUCUCAUCAGAAGACACCAACACGGCGGUUAUUCCAGUUUUUCAUUUACUGACUGUAUUUAUUAUGACAUUCUGUUGGAUCCUUUUUUGUUCACUUUAGUAACGGUAUCAUUAACAUGCAUUCAUAUACUUCAUAACUGGAGACCAAGGGAUGGUCGUUGAUUAUAAUGAAGUGUUAUAAAAUCUCAUCCUCCUACAGACUUAAGUUAUGAAUUACAGGCUGUGUAAAAAGAGCUGUGAAUAAAAGUAAAGGUGGGUACGACCUCUGUGUCAGUAAGGCAGCCUGUGAACUGCUUUAUUUGUCCUGCACAUCGAGAGCCUGUUUGAUAUAACACGGGUUGCUUUUCAAAUUUACCCUCUUAUGAUAUUCUGUGAACUCCUGCAGAGAAGUCAAGUUCACAAGCUGUGUUUGAAGAGAGUUUUUUUAAAACUCAACUCGUGUGGUGCUAACCAGCCUGCCAUCACAUUAUUUUCUGAUGCCACAGUGAAACUUUGCUGUCACAUUUGAAGACUAAACAGUGUAUUUUAUGGCAUUGUAUUAGCUAUAUAUGGAUAGGUGGCAUGACCAUGUUUUUUCAUAAUUUUGAUGAUGAUGGUCGUUACAAAAUCUAAUAUUUUUUCACCUACUGCUUGGAUUUAGUUUGAAUUUGCACUAAUAAUGCCCAGAUAUCUGCCGCACGCCUCAAAACAAUAUGAAUAUCAAAAUAUGUAUUUAUUACAAAACUAGAGCCAAGACACUUUUUAAUACAAAGUUGUCAUAGACAGAAAUUUCACACAGACACAUUUUUAAAAGAAAAUUACUUUUACGUAAGGUAAUAUAUGAUGGUAGGUUGGCACAGUUAAGGCCAUCACAUAGAUUAAGAAACUUUGUACAAAAACAAUAAAGGUGGUGCAGUAAAGCAAAAUGUGUAAAGUGAAGGGUAAAAAAGUUUUUUUUUUUUUCAUGUUAAUAUGUAACAAAGUAUGACAAAAUAAACUGUUUUAUUGCUUUUACUGUAUACUUUUGGAGAUAUAUCAGAAAUAAAAUGUUAACUCCAUUAAAC